AUUCAGCGGCCGCAGGACUUUUCUCUACAAAUCAAACUUGUAUAUUUUCGGGGACCGAGGGUCGUGACGAGGACAAAACGAGGAGGACAAAUACGAAAAUGCGAGAAGAAAUCCAGGAAGAGAGAGUCUGGUUAUUAAAAAUUCAGCGCGGGAGAACAGACAUUAUCGCCCUUUCAGACUUGUGGCAGCACCGAGGAUAAACUACGAUACUAACGGGCUUCAAACAUCUUUGAAUGGGGUGAAACGAAGCGGGGUUUUCUCGAAAAAAAAGCGACUGCAGAGCGUUUCCAAGCGGCCGAAACCCAAAGGGAAGGGGAGGAGAGGGGGGCAAAGAAAACGCCCUGCUCCCUGUUGCUGGUAUCUCCAAAUUCAAACUUUUAUCGCCGAGUUGGAAAAAUGCAUCUUUCAUUUAACGGGAGGUGAUAAUCCAAGCGUAGCGUUGUGUUUAUUAGCUCGGGGCGAAAUAGCUGGCUAACUGCAGGCCCGCUCACUUGGUGAAGUUUUGGGAAGCCUCUCUGCUCUGGGAAUAUUUUCUCCUCAUUGUGCACACUAUUCCUGUUGGAGGCGAGUUGGGUGGGCUGCGAGCCCAAGGCUGCUCCGCUAGGCCCACGGCCAUUAGCCAGGAACAAAGAGGUUUCACAUGUAAAACUCAAACGCUUUGGGGAAAAACCUGUUCAUAUUUUUACUUUAGCCUUUAACGACCGCCGCCGCAGUCAUGUCGCUGGGCGCCGAGAGGAGGAUGGAAACCCGGCAGAAGAAGCUGGAGGACAUGAUCAGAGACCCCAGAUCUUCCGUAAACUUGGAAAGUUUGCUGGACUCCAUGAACGCCCUGGUCUUAGACUUGGACUACCCCGCACUACGCAAGAACAAAAACAUCGAAACCUUCUUAAACAGAUAUGAAAAAGUCAUAGGACAAAUUCGUGACCUCCAGAUGAAGUCUGAAGACUUUGACAGAGUUAAAGUCAUCGGCCGAGGGGCGUUUGGUGAAGUCCAACUGGUCAGACACAAAGCCUCUCAGAAGGUUUACGCCAUGAAGCUGCUGAGCAAGUUUGAGAUGAUCAAGCGCUCAGACUCGGCCUUUUUCUGGGAGGAGAGGGACAUCAUGGCCUUCGCUAACAGUCCCUGGGUUGUGCAGUUGUGCUGUGCCUUCCAAGAUGAGCACUACCUCUACAUGGUGAUGGAGUACAUGCCAGGAGGUGACUUGGUCAACCUCACCAGCACCUACGACGUGCCAGAGAAAUGGGCCAAGUUCUACACAGCAGAGGUCGUGAUGGCCCUGGACGCCAUUCACUCCAUGGGCUUCAUCCACCGUGACGUCAAGCCGGACAACAUGCUGCUGGACAGACUUGGACACCUCAAGCUGGCCGACUUUGGCACGUGCAUGAAGAUGGACUCUACCGGCAUGGUGCACUGUGAUACAGCCGUCGGGACUCCAGACUACAUCUCUCCGGAGGUGCUGAAGUCCCAGGGAGGAGAUGGUUAUUAUGGGAGAGAAUGCGACUGGUGGUCUGUAGGGGUCUUCAUCUUCGAGAUGCUUGUUGGUGAUACGCCGUUCUACGCCGACUCCCUGGUGGGAACGUACAGUAAGAUAAUGGACCAUAAGAACUCUCUGAACUUCCCCGAUGAUGUGGAGAUCUCUAAAGAUGCCAAGAAUAUCAUCUGUGCCUUCCUGACUGACAGGGAGGUGCGAUUGGGCAGGAACGGCGUGGAGGAAAUCAAGCGACACCCUUUCUUCAAGAAUGACCAAUGGACCUUUAACACCAUCAGAGACACGGUCGCCCCUGUGGUCCCGGAGCUGAGCAGUGACAUAGACACCAGUAACUUUGAUGAGAUUGAAGAUGACAAAGGCGAUGUAGAAACCUUCCCCAAACCUAAGGCCUUUGUUGGAAAUCAGUUACCUUUUGUUGGCUUCACUUACUUCAAAGAAGACCAGUUGCUAAAUGCUUCCAACAAUUCCUCAGUGGCCCAUGAGAAUUCGAAAGGAGAGUCAGCAGCAUUGCAGAAGAAACUUCGCCACCUAGAGGUGCAGAUAAAUAAUGACAAGCAGGUUAAAGAUGAUCUCGAGCACAAAUACAGAGCUGCCAUGAGUCGUCUGGACAAAAUCUCGAAGGAGCUUGAGGAAGAGGUGAGCGGAAGAAAGAACCUGGAGUCGAGUGUGAGGCAGCUGGAGAGGGAGAAGGCCCUGCUGCAGCACAAGAGCCUGGAGAGCCACCGCAAGGCUGAGAGCGAGGCCGACAGGAAGCGCUGCCUGGAGAACGAAGUCAACAGCCUACGAGACCAGCUGGACGACAUGAAGAGAAGAAACCAGAAUUCACACAUUUCCAAUGAGAAGAACAUUCACCUACAGAAACAGUUGGAAGAAGCCAACACUCUGCUGCGGGCCGAGUCUGAGGCAGCGACGAGGCUCCGUAAAACCCAGACGGAGAGCAGCAAGCAGCUGCAGCAGCUAGAGGCCAACGUACGCGAGCUGCAGGACAAGUGCUGCCUGCUGGAGCGCAGCAAGCUCAGUCUGGAGAAGGAAUGCAUCAGCCUGCAGGCGGCUCUGGAGACGGAGAGGAGGGAGCACAGCCAGGGCUCAGAGACCAUCAGCGACCUGAUGGGACGGAUCUCUGGUCUGGAGGAGGAGGCACGUCAGCAGAGACAGGCUCUGUCCAAAGCUGAGGCUGAGAAGAGACAGCUUCAGGAGAAACACACUGACCUAGAGAAGGAGAAGAGCAACAAAGAGAUUGAUUUGACCUACAAGCUGAAGGUGCUGCAGCAGGAGCUGGAGCAGGAGGAGAGCUCUCAUAAGGCCACCAGGGCACUGCUGGCAGACAAGAGCAAGAUCAAAGUAACUAUAGAGGGAGCCAAGUCAGAGUCCAUGAAGGAGAUGGAGCAGAAGCUGGCGGAGGAGCGAGUGGCCAAACUGCGUCUGGAGAACAGGAUACUGGAGCUGGAGAAACACAGCAGCAUGAUGGACUGCGACUACAAACAGGCAUUACAGAAACUAGACGAGCUCCGCAGGCAUAAGGACCGCCUCACUGAGGAGGUGAAGAACUUGACAUUGAAGAUCGAGCAGGAGACCCAGAAACGCACCCUGACUCAGAAUGACCUGAAGGCCCAGAACCAGCAACUCAGCACUCUGCGAACCUCAGAGAAGCAGCUCAAACAGGAAACCAAUCACCUGCUGGACAUUAAACGCAGCUUGGAGAAACAGAACCAAGAGCUGCGCAAAGAAAGACAAGACACAGACGGGCAAAUGAAGGAAUUACAGGACCAGUUAGAGGCUGAGCAGUAUUUCUCUACGUUGUAUAAGACCCAGGUUCGUGAGCUGAAGGAGGAGUGUGAGGAGAGGAACAAAAUCACUAAAGAUGUGCAGCAGUCUCUGCAGGAGCUGCAGGAGGAGAGGGACUCGUUGGCGGCUCAGCUUGAGAUCACUCUGACAAAGGCUGACUCAGAGCAGCUGGCACGCUCCAUCGCUGAGGAGCAGUACUCAGACCUGGAGAAGGAGAAGAUAAUGAAGGAGCUGGAACUGAAGGAGAUGAUGGCCCGCCAUCGCCAAGAGCUCUCUGAGAAGGACAUCACCAUCAGUUCGCUGGAGGAGGCCAACCGCACCCUGACCAGUGACGUUGCCAACCUCGCCAAUGAGAAGGAGGAGCUGAACAACAAACUGAGGGAGGCAAUAGAAGAGUCAGAUAAAUCAAAGGACUGGGAGCAGCAGAUCAACCAGAUGAAACAGAUGUUUGACAAGCAGCUGCAGUCUGAGAGGACACUGAAAACUCAGGCCGUCAAUAAGCUGGCGGAGAUCAUGAACAGGAAGGAGGUCCGUGGCGGAGGCAGUCGCCGCGGCAAUGACACAGACAUGCGGCGAAAGGAGAAGGAGAACAGGAAGCUGCAGCUGGAGCUGAGGUCAGAGAAGGAAAAACUCAACAGCACCAUCAUCAAAUACCAGAGAGAGAUCAACGAAAUGCAAGCGCAAUUGGCGGAUGAGAGCCAGAUGCGUAUUGAGCUGCAGAUGGCUCUGGACAGUAAGGACAGCGAUAUCGAGCAGCUCAGGAACCUCCUGCAGUCGCUUAGUGUUCAAUCGAUGGACUCUGCCAGUGUCAGCAGCGGGCCGGAGUUUGAUGCUGAUGAUGCGUUCGCAGAAACGAGGCUUGAGGGGUGGCUCUCUCUCCCUGUCAGAAACAACACCAAAAAGUUUGGAUGGGAGAGAAAGUAUGUUGUGGUGAGCAGCAAGAAGAUUCUCUUUUACAACAGCGAGCAAGACAGAGAGCAGUCCAUUCCCUACAUGGUGCUCGAUAUAGACAAACUCUUCCACGUGAGGCCUGUCACUCAAACAGAUGUGUACCGUGCUGAUGCCAAAGAGAUUCCCAGGAUAUUUCAGAUUCUUUAUGCCAAUGAGGGCGAGAGCAAAAAGGAGCCAGAAUUUCCUGUGGAGCCGCUGGCCAUUGGAGAGAAGUCCAGCUACAUCUGCCACAAGGGCCACGAGUUCAUCCCCACGCUCUACCACUUCCCCACCAACUGUGAGGCCUGCACCAAGCCGCUGUGGAACAUGUUCAAGCCGCCACCUGCUCUGGAGUGCCGGCGCUGCCACAUCAAGUGCCACAAAGACCACAUGGAUAAGAAGGAGGAGAUCAUUGCUCCCUGCAAAGUGAACUACGACGUAUCUACAGCCAAGAACCUGCUGCUGCUGGCCGUGUCUCAGGAGGAGCAGCAGAAGUGGGUGAGCCGGCUGGUCAAGAAGAUUCCCAAGAAGCCUCCACCACCAGAGCACUUUGCACGCUCCUCGCCACGCGCCUCCAUGAAGGUUCAACCCAGCCAGUCCAUGAGGAGGCCCAGUCGACAGCUCCCCACCAGCAAGAGCAGUUAACCUUGCUCUGGACUGCGGUGCAUCUUGAAGGUGGUGAGAUGCGUUUCCUCCUAAAUCAAAGACUCGAUACAAAGCUCCAUCUGCAGAUCAGCACACUGAACUCUACACCACUUCUCCACAGCCCACCCUGUCCUGCUUCAGCCUGUGAGAGUUACAAAGUCUUGUUUUCCCUUUUGUUGAACUUUAGCGGUUCGAUCUUUCCAGCAAGCUGGAUGGCUUGUGAGUAUGUUAGCUGAAGUCUUCUCUCGGGCCCUUGACUCGAGCAAUUCAG